UUACGGUUUGUUGUCGGUGUUGCUGUUAAGCUGCAGUCGCGGAAAUGAACGUCUGUUAUUCAGACAGUCAGAUUAGUUGACGGUGCUCGGCAAAAACCUUACCGUUGACUAAGAUAAUGUACACAACAAGGCCACUAUAUGGAAGACAGGGUUCUUCUGGGAAGAAGAGAAUGCGGCCCACUCCAAACUGCAAGAUCACUUAUCGGGUCGGAUACACAUGGAACAGAGGUGGACGACUUAAAGAGCUUAGGAUACGGCAUCUUGCACGGAAAUUUCUUCACCUCUGGAUUCAGAAGAUCUUUGGGAGGGUCACUCCGUCACGAGCCAGAUCUUACUAUAACAAGGUGAUUUUGAAGAAGGUUCUAAGGGCCUGGAGAGAUGAGUGGUGGCAUGCUAGAAGAGAAUGGACCCUGACGAUUAGAGCAGACUGUCACUAUAAAUAUGUCCUGUACAGUAAAGUGUAUCAAGCUUGGUGCGAAUAUGUAUCAGUCCACAAGGAAGAGAAAAGGAGGCUACAGCUUGCCGUCAACUUUGAGGAGCAGCGUAGGUUGCGUGUUUUUUGGGACAGAUGGGAGCUGUAUGUGGAGAUGAGACGCUUAAAAUUCAGGAUGAGUGAGGCAGCUAUAAAGCAUCAGAGACGUUCUGUUGCUAGGUGGGUGUGGACGGUAUGGCAGGCUGCAAUACAGCACCGCUAUGCACAGCUCCAUCAAGAAGACCUAGCCCUGCAGCUCUGGGCUACUACUGUACAGAACAGAGCAUGGAUGCAGUGGAAAAGAAAAUGCAUGCAGGCCUGUAGGCUGAGAGAGAAAGAAGCUAGAGCUCACCUUUUUUACUCUCGGCGGCUCCAGAGGUGUUGUUUGCGUGGCUGGAUUAGACACAUACAACACAAACGAGCUAAAAACCUGGCAAAAGACAAAGCUGGAACUGUGUGGUGCCACUCUGUGGUCAGGAGACACUGGUGUGUGUGGCGCAGAGCUUUGCAGUGCAGACAGACUGAAAGAGAUAGAGGACAGAUUGCAGACAGUCUAGCACAGCGUGCAACUCAGCGGCAGGUCUUUUCACGCUGGAAAGGCUAUGUCGAGAUGUGCUUGGAGAAGGCUGAGAAAGAACAGACUGCCAUUCAAUAUCAGCACCUUCAGCUAUUGCGUAUGGGAUUUAGAGGCUUGGCCCUGAAUGUCGCUCGCUGCCAAACUCAUAGAAUCAACAAGAACAUUAGUGUACAGCAUCAUCGGCACACAAUGAUGGUGAGGUACUGGAAGCUUUGGCAGCAGCGCUCGGAGCAGACUGAAGAGCGGAGUUUUCAGCCCCAGAUGACUAUAGCACUAAACUAUCACAGGGUCUCAGUGUUGAGAACCUAUCUGCAGAGGUGGAGACGACACUGCAGAGAGUACAAACACAUGAAGGAUCUAGAGAUGCGAGCUGACUCUUGCUUUGCAAGGCACAUUCUUCCACACUGUAUGGCAUCCUGGAUUGAGUUCACAGCACAAAGAACAGAACACAGGGAGAGGAGAGAAACAGCUGAACUAUUUCACCAACAGCAGAUGUACAGCUGGGCUUUUUAUACCUGGUGGGGACGUUACACAGAUCACAGAGAUCAGAGACUGGCGGAGAUGACGGCUGUGUUGCAUGCAGAGCGAGAGUGUGUGUCCCAUGCCUGGUCUAAGUGGCUCUGCAGGUUUAUGCAGCAAAGAGAGGACAGACUCAAGCAAACACAAGCUCAGACACUGUACUCACGCACUCUUCUGCACAAGACUUUGCACCAGUGGAGACACAAUGUCAAUGCUAUACAGAACAGUCAGAGGCGUUUUAAGCAGGCAGAGGUUCACAAUGGCCAGCGGUGCAUGAGAGGAGCUCUGAGUGGUUGGCGGGAGUAUGUAGAACACAGAAGACAGAAGACCAGGCGAUUGGCGCAAAUUGACGAGCACUAUGAAAGGAGAUUACUCAGGAACACGCUACAGGCAUGGAAGCAACAUUAUGUACAGGCCCAGCACGUCAACCAAAGUGCAGAGAGCUGCUACCAACAACAUCAGCAACAACUUGUCAGAAGGAUGCUGUGUUUGUGGAGGAGGAAUGUCCGUGUAGCAGUUGAGGAAAGAGAGAAAGAGAGGAGAGCCAAGUGUCAUUAUCAGCACUGCCUGCUGUCAAAGGUGCUGUUUGCAUGGCAUGAAAGAACGGCACUUGUAGUGUCUCGCCGUCACCAGCAGGAGGAAGCACUGAGAGAAGCUAAGCUUCACAUGCACAAAGUCCGGACAUGGGCAGUUCUGAGGAGGUGGAGACAGCGACACAUUGAAGUGAGAGAAGAGAGGCUGUCUCAGGAGAAAGCCUGUAGAUAUCACAACUCUGUCCUGCUGAGAAAAACCCUCAGGGCCUGGAUCAUCAAUACUUGCCAGCACAAAAGCUACCAGGUUCUAAAAUACAGAAGCGGUGAGCUGUGCAGACUCAGAGUGUGCCAGCGUUUCUUUAUCUGCUGGAAAGCACAGCUACAGAGCAAGAGAAGAGAAGCAGAGCUGACAGAGUUGGCCCUCUGGCACUGGUCUCUGAACCUUCAGGCCAAGGUGCUGAGUGUGUGGAGGCAAUGGGUUGCUGAGCGCCAGAGGAAACAGAGGCGUCUGGCUGCAGCAGCUCAGUUCUACAGAGAUGAACUGCUACGAGAGGGCAUCACCCACAUCCUCAUAUACACAGCACACAUGAACGCUUUCUCCUCAAACAUGGCCCUGCAAAGCCACGAGCAGAGUUCUCGGCAGUUGCAGGCAGUGGUAAGGAGGUGUGCCUUGCGUUGGAAGCAGCGGGCAUUGUGUCAGCCUUCCAGAGCUACAGUGAUGGCGAAUAAAGAAGAUAAGCCUUCUAAAAAGAGUGUGUCCUUCUGCCUGCCUGAAGACCACGCCCGCAAACAUGAGCACACCCAUCACCCAGUCCACAGCCAAACAGCAGAGCAGAUGGCAGAAGAGUCCAUUAUGAACAAACUGCUGAUGGUUCGAGCCUCAAGGUUGCAACCGCGAAGGGCAGAUGACCUGUUACACUCUCCGGUCAAAGACCUGCUGCAGUACCCCCAGCCAAGCAGUUCUCGGAGACUGCUUGCAGGUCAAACUGACACCAGGUCUCCAUCAUUACCGGUCCCCUCUACACCCUUCUCUGUCCCACUUCCCCCCACCCAGGCACAGCCUCCUGCCCCUCUCCUCUCCACGCCAGUGCAGCCUCCUGUCUUGGCCUUAAAAGCUCCAGUCCCAGCCUUCAGGCCUGAUUCUGCAGGAAACACCAUCAUGCUGUCCAGCACCGUGAGCCAAGGGGUGCUGCUACCUCCUUCUUCCUUUAUUGCACCCAGACCACAGAGCAAGAUGAAGCAGACAAGCUCAAGGCACAAAGAUCCCUCACUUCUUACCCCUCAUGAUUUCACCCACUGGAACCUGCAUGGUAUGAGUGAGAGACUCACUUUGGAGCAAGAUGAUGAUGAUGGUGAUGAAAAUGAAGCAAGUGUGCUUGUGCAGGCAACCUGUGACCCAACUGAAUCUCUGAACAAAGAGCUGCUGGAUAUCAAACUAGACCUGCAGAGAUAUCAGCAAGACAGAAAUCAGCUACAGACAUGGCGUAAGCUUCAGAAGGUGAUGAGGAAUUGGCUCCAGACUACAGGCAGCGAUGGAGAAACUGAGGAAAGAGAGAGCAUCCUACAAGAAUUAAAUGAGCUGGAGACCCAUAUUUCUGCUCUGUCUGCGAAUCUGACUGAACGGAAGCCCACCAUUAUCUGCCAUGCUGCAAGGGUCAGCAUUAUAGAAAGCAAGCUGCUUGGAUCAAAUAGUAAAACAUAGAAAUUAUGCAUUCUACUUAGGUAUGCUCUUUGCAAUAUACAACAUGCAGAGUUUGAUUUGUUUUUGUUUAGUUUGACUAUUGUGAUUGACUGUUGUUGAACUAAAAUAAUCUUGAAAUUUCAUGAAACCCGUAGCUGUUCAUUUCAAGAUUGACAUUAAAUAUAAGAUAAGGGUAUCCCUGUUAUUUUUUUACAGCUUCUGUUACUGGAAAAAAAAUCUGUCAUAAAUAGGAAUUAUAUAUUUUAUAGAAUUUUUAGGCGGAUCCAGAAUGUAACCUAAAAUGUAGCUUAUUUUUUUUAGUUAUU